AUGGCUUUUAGCCCCAUAGCCACUGCCAUCAUCAAUGGUACUAAAACCACCAGCCUCGAAUAUGCUUUCAUCGCCGCUAUCAUAAGCAACAAUUGGUUCGGAAACUCGAUGGUCUGCGGUGAUUCGGUCGUGGGUUCAAGGACGAUCCUUACUGCCGCCCACUGCCUCGACGGCAACACUCCCUCAUCUUUCACCGUGCGCGUUGGAAGUGCGGAUUAUACAACUGGUGGAAAACUGUUGAAUAUUCAGAAGAUCACCAUAUAUCCCAGCUAUAGCACGAAUACGAUAGACCAUGACUACGCUAUUAUACACUUAGCCGAUACUGUUGUGGACGGAAGUGUCACUGCAACUGCAUUGCCUGGCAAUGAGAUCAACCCAGACGAUACAAGUGGUGUUCCUGUACGAUUAGCAGGCUAG